AUGAGCACCAUUCAACUGCUCGGCGACAAAUUCGAUGGCACUCCGGCGACGGUUUCACCGGUUUCGAUAAGACCCAAGGGAGACCGCACACGUCGGGUGAUGAUGGUUCAGCCGGCUUCGGCUGGCGGAAACUUUGAAUACAUCGCCAUACCGCGCCAAGGCAUGCUGUACCUCUCCGGCGCUUUGGAACAGUGGGACGGCCCAUAUGUGUACGAGCGGGACAUCUGGUUUGAAGACCGCCUGGGUCGCAUGGACCCCGACAGUGAUCUGGAUGGCAUCGACAUAUUGAUGGUGACGUCUCUGAUUAAUGAAACCCCUCGAGGUUAUGCACUGGCUCGGGAAGCGCGUGAGUUCCAUCCCAACCUGAUCAUAUUGGGCGGCGGCCCGCAAAUGAGUCCGUUGCCCGAGGAAGCCAUCGCCCGGGGCGGGUUUGAUGUAAUAGUAAUUCAGCAGUUCCUGGGCUACCGGCUCAUAGAGCGGGAAACCGAGUACAAGCGGCUGGCGCAGCUGGAAGAUCUGGCCGCUGACGGCCUGAUUCACACCGGUCGCAACGGCAAGAUCAACGUGUUUAUCUCUGACGACCUGCACACGCCGCCGCUGCGAGCCGUGAAGUUCCGUAACGAGCGGCUGGAGCGGUUGAAAGGCUGGAAAAGCCGCACCGACUCCAUGGGCAUGAUCUGUCAGGCACGGGCCGAAAUCGGGCAGGACGACGAACUGGCCGACGCUUUGCUGGAUGCCAACGUCAAGAUGCUCUAUCUCGGAGUGGAAUCCAACAAUGCCGAAAGCCUGAAGGCGGUCAACAAGCGGCAGGAACCGGGCCAGAUGGAAAAGGACUUGGUACGCCUGAACGAGAAGGGUUUCUCGGUAGUGGCCAUGACCAUCAUCGGUUUGCCCUACGAUACGGAAGAAUCCAUCAUGACGUUGGCUGACUGGGUAAAGCAGUACAGCCGUUAUCAGACGGCCAACCUGCUUACGCCGCUGCCGGCGACAUCCAACUGGGACCUGAAACCCCUGAACGCCAACGGCGAUCUCUUGCAAGAGGGCGAGAUGCGGCCUUACGAACUUUACACCGGACGCCAAUUGGUACACGAAGACGAACGAUGGACGAUGGCGCAAAGCCGCGACCUUUUCGACCGUUACAGCGCCAAGUUGACCUCGAUCGAUGCCCUUUACGGCCGUAUCUUCCGAAUCCUGGGCAACUAUCGGAUGCGGCAGGCCCGCAGCGUGCAAGACCUGUCUGAAACUACCGAAACAAUGCGCGACUGGUCGCAACAGGUUCAGCAAGCCGGCAAAGAGUUCGGCGAAAACCUGCACCUGCGAGUGACGGAGCUGGCGGAGACUUUCCGUUCAGUCAGUCAGCCGCUGUCCAACGCUCGUUCGGAAUUUGUGGAUAACCUGCGGACGCGCAUCAACGAAGUAUCGGAUUCACUGCGGAUUUAUGCUGAAAUGGCAGACACCGGCAGCAAGGAUGUCGCCGCGAGUAUUUCGGUGCGCGUGAACGAAGUAACGGACCUGCUGAACUCCGUGCUGGACUCAACUGGUCAGCGCCAGAAUUCCAACCGAGCAAGCUGA